AUGUACGCAACGGGGCAUAUUUUGUACCACAUCAUUAUCCAAGAGGAACCAUUAGAAUCACGAGAACUGAUGUAUAAGCGCAUCGUGGACCAUUCUGACAGUAAAUUCAGCAAACUCUUCCCGCCGCUGGUAAAGUGCUUAUCAAACAAUCCAGAAGAUCGACCAAGAGUGGUUCAGCUGCUGAAGCUGUGCUUUGAGGGCUUAGCCAUGAGAAACAAUGAGAAUCUCGUCGAACGAAUCAUUCGCCGCUUGGAGAAUUACACGGACGAGCUUGAUCGACUGGUUGUUCUGCGCACCAUGGCGUUACUUGAUGAGCGGAAGAAAUGUGAUGCCCUAUUACGGGAAAUGCUGCCCAGCAUGGCAAUUGAACAACUGCGCAGAGGCACUGUGCCGGAAGCCGAAAUGUUCAUUUCCUCCACGAUAAUGUUCACUGAGAUUGGAGGUUUUGCCAACAUUGUGCAUGAAACGGAUCCGAAAACGGUUAUGUUGUUCCUAAAUAAUGUGUACACGUCGUUUGAUCGCAUUGUGGCAUCCUAUAACGUCUACAAAGUGGAAACAAUCAAGGAUUCUUAUAUGGUCGUCAGUGGGAUACCCAUACGCAAUGGCGAUCUCCACGCGCAGGAAAUUUGUGCAUCAGCCACCGAGAUGUUGAAAGCAUACGGGAGUAUGGAUGCGUUGUUUGACGGGACAUCACUGCGUGUCGGCAUCCAUAGCGGCACGUGCGCCGCCGGUGUGGUCGGACAGAAAGUGCCCCGUUAUUGUCUGUAUGGAUCAGCAACACCUUAG